CAAUGUGAUGGCAAAACGUUGCAUUCCGAUGAUGCACCAAAAAAACAUGAAGCUGAUACCGCCGCACCUACGAAUACAUAUGAAAGCAUUUGUGCAAUGCCUUUCUCGGGAUUCACAAAAGAAGAGCCUGAUAAGUGUGUGAAUCAGACUUGUACGAAAGGAUAUGAGUGCAAAAGCGAUUACUGUUGUCCAUCAAAAGAUCUGAUCUGCGGUCAACUCUACGACUCAGGACAUGAGCUGAACGAAUUGAGUAUGCGACACAAUCGUCGAUAUGCUUUCAAUCCGAAAUUCGGCGUUUGCAAUCGUUUCGCAUAUUUCGGUCGUGCCGGUAACUUCAACAAUUUCCCGAAUUGGGAAGCGUGCAUGCGAUUCUGCACUGGACGUGUCCCAAAGUAUGACGGUCAAUGA